CGAGGGUAACCAGCCGUUGCAGACAGCUUGAAGCUCCCUGUUGGGUCUGUGUCAGGUUUGCUUGUUGCACCGCUUUACCCACCAGCCUCACAGCUGUAAACAUGCUGUCAUUCGCUUUCAAGCAGCUCACACGGCCCUUGUGCCAGCAGCCCUCCAUUCGUCUCAGUGUACGGUUCCAGCAGUCCCAUGCAGCCACCCGAACGGUGGAUGAAGAUGGAUCCUGGACCGGACAGGAGAGUCUGGCUGAGGACGACCCAGAAAUGUGGGCUCUGCUGCGGAAGGAGAAGGACAGACAGUGCCGUGGUUUGGAGCUCAUUGCGUCUGAGAAUUUCUGCAGCCGAGCAGCUCUGGAAGCUCAGGGCUCCUGUCUGAACAACAAAUAUUCUGAAGGCUAUCCAGGGAGAAGAUACUACGGUGGAGCAGAAGUGGUUGACCAAAUCGAGCUUCUGUGUCAGAAGCGAGCUUUGGAGGCCUUUGACCUGGACCCAGAGAAGUGGGGCGUCAACGUCCAGCCAUACUCGGGUUCUCCUGCUAACUUUGCUGCCUACACAGCUGUACUCAAGCCGCAUGACCGCAUCAUGGGCCUGGACCUGCCCGAUGGUGGACAUCUGACCCAUGGCUACAUGUCAGAUGUGAAGAGGAUCUCUGCAACAUCAAUCUACUUUGAGUCCAUGCCUUAUAAGCUAAACCCUGGAACGGGACUCAUAGACUAUGAGCAGAUGGAAAUGACAGCCAAGCUGUUCCGGCCCAGGCUCAUCAUCGCUGGCACCAGCGCCUACGCUCGCCUCAUUGACUAUGCCCGCAUCAAGAAGCUAUGCACAGGUAUUAAUGCCUACUUGCUCGCGGACAUGGCUCAUAUUAGUGGUCUGGUAGCUGCAAAGGCAGUGCCUUCACCGUUUGAACAUGCUGACCUGGUCACUUCCACCACACACAAGUCCCUCAGAGGAUCCAGGGCUGGCCUUAUCUUUUACCGUAAGGGUGUCCACUCAGUGGACAAGAAAGGAAAAGAAAUCAUGUACGACCUGGAAGACAAAGUCAACUUUGCAGUGUUUCCCUCCCUGCAGGGUGGACCUCACAACCACGCCAUUGCUGGAGUAGCAGUGGCUCUUAAACAGGCUCAGUCUCCUAUGUUCAGGGAGUAUAUAGCCCAGAUACUAAAGAAUGCAAAGGCUAUGGCUGCAGCUCUUCUCAGCAAAGGCUACACUCUGGUAUCAGGUGGAACUGACAACCACCUGGUUCUGGUGGACCUGCGGCCAAAAGGUAUUGACGGCGCUCGAGCUGAAAGAGUGCUGGAGCUCGUGUCGAUCACGGCCAAUAAGAAUACGUGUCCUGGAGACAAGAGCGCAUUGACCCCUGGAGGCCUCAGGCUGGGUGCUCCAGCUUUGACUUCCAGACAGUUCAAAGAAGACGACUUUGUGCAGGUUGUCGAGUUUAUGGAUGAGGGAUUUAAGAUCGCUUUGGAUGUCAAGAAAAAGACAGCAAAGCUCCAGGACUUCAAGAACUUCCUCCUCCAGGACCCGGAGACGGUGGCGCGCAUUGCAGAUCUGCGACACCGGGUGGAGGCUUUUGCCAGGCCGUUCCCCAUGCCUGGCUUCUGCGACCAUUAGGCGGAGUCACAGAAGAAGCUGCUCUUCGUGGCGCGUGAGAAGAUUAUUCUCAGCUGUCUUCACACAGUUCUAGUGCAAGUGUGAAAGGAAAAAACUUGUCAAAUCAAAGCUACACAAACACUUUUCAGUCUGACUUUACACAAACUUGUAUCUUCAGGACACAGUCCAAGUCUUAAUUUUUUAAAGGUUCCUAUAAUGUGCAUCACCUAUAUUAUUUUCACAAUAAGAUUUUUUUUUUUACAGUUUUGUGGCAUCAUUUGCUUUUUUGAAAAGUCUUAAUUUCUCUCUGAAAAGAUGCAAUUCUACUUAAGAUGUCAGAAUAUUAUUUUUUGAAAUGCAAUUUAAAAAUAUUUUGAGCCGAAGUUAUAUGAAACUAUAUAUUUCAACAUGAUGUAGUUUAUUACAACACUACAAAUUAUGACCAGCAUAUUUUUGACUCACUUAACCUAUGUUUUCUUGUUUCUUUGUUUACACAACAGGAGCAUGUUGUAGAUUUCAGAUUUUAAUUGUUCUGUGCUUUGCUAUGAAAUCAGUAUUAUAAUUAAUCAAUUCAGUUGUACGGAUGUCGACUAAUCAUGCCAACCUCUCAUGUAAUUUGUUUACAAAGAGUAUAUACUUUUCUAUUCAUGGUUUUUAAAAACGUAAAUACAGAAUUCCCAUCAUUUGACCAUUUAAAGAGUUUUGAAAAGAUUUCAUAACUGUUCUUUCUGUCAUGUCUUAUUUAUCUAAUUUUUCAUCAUAUUCUUCUUAACUUAAAACAGUAAGGAAAUAUAGGCCUAAUAAAACAUGUUUGAGUGUUUUGUAGUCUUAGCUGGUUCACAGUGUAGUGCUGUUGUCAUGGUCACUGCAUCAGUGAUAAAGUGGGAUUUCUGUUUGUGAAAUGAUGUUAAAAAAGCAUAAUGAGGAAAUACUUCUUAACUCUGAGAUUGUUUCUUACUUUGCACAAAGCACAAAAUUCAAAGUAAAUUGAUUUCAAAACAUUUUUUCCAUAUAUUACAGCUUUUGAGCUAAGCAUUUGCCAAAAUAUACCAGGAAGUAUUUUUGCUAACAUGUUUAUUCAUCAACUGUUGGUCUAUGAAUCAUCUGAGACGCUGUCAUUGUACACUGAAACCUUUCGCAGCUUUGUUUUACAGAAUAUUUUUUAGUAAUUUUGUUUGUAUAAUGCUAAUAAAAUAAAUCAUA